AAAGAAAGAGAAUUAAUGGAAAGGGAUAUCCAAGACCUCCUUCCAUCUCUCUUCUCCAUCCUCCCGUUUACGAAACGCCACCAAAAUUCUCCUUAACAAGCACGUUUGGAAACGUUUCUCAUGGAAGAGGGCUUGACUAGGAGGAGGGUGUAAGUGGGUUUUCUCAUGUGACCAUGGUUCCAGCUCCAAACCUCUUCCAACAGCCCAACAAUAGCCAUGGAGGUUGUGUGGGGCCUGGCGGAGGCGUUAUCGAUGCGACAGGCUAUGUUCGAAAACAUAUGAUAAGAUUCGAUCCGUUUAAUCACAUGGCCGAAGAUGGAUCAAGGGCUAGUAGUUCAUGCGACGUGGGCCCUUCGAAACACAUGCAACAAGAGAAAGGAGAUGAUGAUGAUCAUGAUGAGAGAGAUGUGGGGUGGCUACAAUUAGGUAUUGGUAGCCAUGGGAGUAGGGCUCACGGAUUUAAUCACAUGGAUGUGCCUGAUCGAAGAGAUGGACGGAUACAAUUCGAUCUUCUCUCUGAUCGUGCUGCUGCACCGGUGGGCCCCACUUUCAACAUGGGCAACAUCCAAUUGCCAAGGCCUACUAAGAACGGUGCAAGCACUUCUUCAAUUUUCAAUACACCAACGCAAGUUGGAACGAGUUUGAGUUUCAGGCAGCCGCCGGAGGCGGUGUGGGGUCUGUAUGGGCAUGGCCCAUGGAAUCCAAUGGCCUGUUCUUCUUCUUCUUCUUCUAUGCCAUUUUAUUCACUACCACAUCAGCACACUUACGCUAUAUCAGGUCCACUUCCAAUCGGUGAUAUGAGAGUCGUUGAUCGACCGUUGAGGAUGCAACCUGGCCUUUGGUUUGUGCUACAAGCAUCACAAAACCAAGGACAAGAGCUCUUUUUGCCUCAGAUACCCAAGAGCUAUUUGAGAAUCAAAGAUGGGAGGAUGACCGUUCGGUUAUUGAUGAAGUACUUGAGUAACAAGCUGGGACUGAAUAACGAAUCAGAGGUACAGAUGACAUGUAGAGACCAGCAACUUCUGCCUAACAUGACAUUGCAACAUGUAAGGGAUAACAUAUGGUGUUCUGCAGGUGAUACAGUCACCUUACUCACGCACUCCCCGAGCCCUGAGCAUGUGAUGACCCUAGAGUACAGCAAAAGAGCUUAAAGAGAGAAUCCUAUGUUAGUUUUGCACCAUUUAAAAGUGGGCCACUCUUCAGCCUCCACAUAGCAUAGUUGGACUGAAAUCUGGACCGUCCAAGUUGCUGACUCAACUGUGGAUGGAGCAUAACCUAAAAAUUGCACUGAGAAGAUAAUAUUAGCCGUCUGAUUUUUCCUUUUGAAUUUGGAUUAACCACCCAUUUGAUUGUCAUUAAUUGCAUGGUUAGGAUUGCUUGAUCAUUGUGAUUCUAAAGAUAUUCUCCAUCUGCAAUGGGACCCUACAAUUAGAUGGUCUGGAUAGCUUUACAUUAGUGCCACAUGUGAGGAGGAUGACUCACGGCCAUUUUUCAACGGUGAGAAGCUAACAUAGGAGUCCAGCCCUUCAUACAUACAGAGAGAAAAUCCAGGGCGACUAUCGAGGAGGAGCAUCAGCUGCUCAUUUCAAGCAUCUUGAUCAUACAGGUGGGACAUCUUUGGCAAUCAAAACCGUCGGUGUCAUGGGCCAUCACAUAUACUUACCCAAGCCUGAAACUUGUGAUGAAUGGGAAAUCCUGGCCAUCAGAUUGGUGCAAAUAUUACCCAUACAAUGUGGCCCGUUGCUUUGUUUUGCAGUCAACUUUCUCUUAAUCAUCCAUUUACAUGUCACUAAUAUAAAGGGCAAGAUGGUAUGAUCUUGGCGAUUUUUGAACCAUUGCCCUUUCUUGUGGUAACCCACUAAAUCAACGGUUCAGAUUACCCUAAAACUAUGCCAUGUUUUCAUCUUUCAUCUUCUCUGAGUUUUGUUUUCUUAGUUUUCCAGGUCUUU